AUGGCGGCGCACAAAAGUGCAUUUCAGCGUUUAUUGUGUCUUUCAAUGCCUUCACUAGGUAAAUGUAAUUUCUUUUACUUUCAUAUGUUGUAUUUAGUUUGAUUAUUCCGUAUUUUUCACGUUUUUCGUUGCCAGUUGUUCUGAUUUGUGGAUGUAGCGCUUUUGUACAAGAGCUUGAUGACAGGUGAGACUGGCCAUAGAAUAUUUCACUAAUAGCUCUGUUACUAAGUUUUAGAAAACAGUUAUCACAAGCUUAAAAUUAUGCGUAUUUUUUUAACGAAAAUAUGAUUUUCUACAGGUUUAUUAAACCUGGGUUUUAAUUUCGUAUCUAGCUAGAGUCUCCUAAAGACGAACAAGAGAUACGAUAGGCUUAAUUAAAUCAAAAAUACUACUUAUUAUUAUUAUUUCUCCUUAUUGCUUUGUCUGUGACAGUUUUGCAGAUCUUAAGAAAGAGGGCAGCUGGCUUGUCGAGGUAGGAUUUAAUUUCUGCAGCAUGAAAGUUGGCAUAACAUGUUUUGUCAAUGACUGAAUGGCCGUUGUAAAUAAUCCCUUUCUUUGCACUAAAGUGAACUUGCAGAGGGACAAGGGCACCAAGAUACUAUCCUAUUGAGAAAAAAGGAAUAAAGACCCUUUCUUAAAAAAAUUAGGCCCCAAUAACUGUAGAUUCAAACAAAUUCUGCGUCCACCAUGCCAAAUACUCAGGGUGUUAUGAAAGUGAACAUGAUCUUUGCAGUAAAAUGAACAUCCUAAGAGGUUAAAAAAAAAACCUGAAAAAAUUCAGGCUUGACCAGGAAUCACACCCUGGCCUUUGCUAUGAGGCAUUCUGAGUUUGUGUUAUAACAGAUGGUGGAAGUGACAUAAAUUGAUUUAUUUCAUUUAUUUCAAUUCACUGAGGGUGUUAAUUGAGAAAAUUAUAAAAUUAAGGUAAUAAAUAAAUAUAAGAAAAUUUGAAUAUAUGAAAAUCACAUAUAUGAUUUUCAUAUAUUCAAAAGUUCAUCAUCAUCCUUUCAUGGGUUUAUAACAAACCAAUUCAAUGACCUGCUCCCAGUUGGCUUGUUAGCUUAAUUGGUAGAACGCUGCAUCGGCAUCGCAGAGCUCAAGGGUUCGAAUCCCGUACAAGCCUGAAUAUUUUUCAGGCUUUCUUUUCGCAACUGCAAACGUUGCUUAUAUAACUGUGAUGAUCAUCCUUCCUUUAAUAUCCAAACAAUAAGAAAAAAAUGCACUUUAUUUGAGUGUCAAUAUAUCUAGCGCAAAAGUACUAAUAAAUUGGUGAGCCAGGACUGCCUUUUUACGUGGUCAUCCAAGCCACGUGAAGGUCAUGCUGCUUGCAGUGCAAAAGGAGUACCUUCAUUUCUCUGUUAUUUUAAGACCCUGAGUAUUGGUCUGGCCCCGGGAACCCAACCUGCGACCUCCCACUCAGCAUUUAUUAAAGCGCUCUACCAAUUUAGCAAAUCCUGCCUGGGUAAACCAACUGAGCUAAUCCUGCCACGGUGAACAAUGUGAUAAAACCUGCCACUGUUUGGAUACAAAUUAGAAAGGAGUGCAACAGUUUUUGAAGUUGAUCUUCCCUCCUCUCUAAAUGAUGUUUUCUGUUUUGCCAGAUUAAAAAAAAAAAUCAUUCUCAUAGAAGGUGGGCCAGUCCUCCAACUCCACAGUCCUUAAUGUACAUGUAUUAGGAGAAUUAUUUUUAUAAGAGUCAUUAAGGCUAUGUAAAUAUAUUUUAUUUUCUCCUUAUCAUGUCCCAGCAAUAUUAUCUUUGUGCUUUUACAUCUUUUUUUUUUUUGGCUGGAUAGAGUUUGUGUAGCAAGAGACCCUUUUGUUGUUUUGAUUAAAUUGUAGUUUUAUGCACCAUGGUGUGGGUAUUGCAAGAAACUUGAACCAAUUUGGAUGGAAGUAGGCAGGACUCUUCAUGGUUCUGCUAUUAAAGUGGCCAAGUUAGAUGCUACCAGAUUCUCAAGUAUGACAUAUUUUAAUAAAUGUAGUUAUUAAGUGUUAAUAAAUAAUGAAUUUCAAUUUAUUUAUUAUUUGCUUCCAUAAUAGAUCAUUACAAAAAUGCAUGUGAAAGCAAGCCGAGCUUUUUUCUGGUCACUGUUCAGCUAUAAAGAGCUAAAACGUACCACAAAGCCAUUUUCAGGUCAUGCACUUUGCUGCUUUCUGAUCGGCGAUGAAAAAAUAUUAGCUUGCAAAGUUUGGGGAUGUGAGGAAAGCAAAAUUUUGAGAUACUUGUUGGGUUUGAAAGUGACACAGGAGUCUUGACUUUUUCGUUUUGCUUUAUCUUCUGCCCUCUUCUUCUACUUUUCUUGCCUCAUUUUUUUCUUUUACUGGGCAUUUAGUUGGCUUCAUUUCAGUGGGAAAGGUUUUUUUGGGAAAGCUUUUAUGAUUAGAUGAAGGAAAGGUACAUGUAGGUGGGUAUUGGAACAAGAUUGUUCAUGAUUUUUGGGUCAAUGUUACAAUCAUGAAUUUUUGAUUUUUUCUCUGGUCUCCUUGACUGAACCAUGCUCUUUCUGGUAUGGUUUGAAAGAUGUCUUCAUCCUGCACAGGUUAGUUGACAAUGUUGUCCUUAACUAUUCAAACUGAUGACAUCACAAUUGGUAGAAGGAACGUUUGUCCACGUGGGUGUUACAAGCAGUUUAAGGGUGAAUGGAUUAAGUAAUUGUUUAGAUGUAAACUUUUCAUAGGUUAAUCAUAUCCAUAACCCAUUCGCCCCCUGAGCCGCCCAUGCAGAUCCACGUCCCUUUCUACCGCUUUUGUGACAUCAUCAUGAUAAUCCCAAGAUUCUAAAAGCUUUCCUAAAAACUUUUCCUACCAAAAUGAAGCCUACUAAAUGCUCAGCUGAGAAAAAAAAACGAGGCAAGAAAAGCAAAAAAAGUCCAGACUACUGUUACCUCUAAACCCUAAAACUCAAAAUUUUGCUUUCUGUGCAUGCCCGAACUUCGCAAGCUAAUAUUUUGCAUCUGGAUUAGAAGGCCGUGAAGUGUACGGCCUGUAAAUGGCUUUGUGGUAAGUUUUAGCUCUUUAUAGCACGACAGUGACCAGAAAACUGCUUGACUUGCUUCAAAACACAUUUUCGGCAAAAUCUCCAGGGGCAAAUGGGUUAGUAAGUAAUUUUGAUAACUCUUUCAGGUAUAGCAAGAGACUUUGGUAUCAGAGGUUAUCCUUCAAUUAAAUUGUGAGUAUAGCCUACAUAGCAGUCAUCAAAAGGCCACUGAUGACUUUCUUGUAUGUGCCAUAAAUUUGUGUUCCCUAUGGCAACCUGUUCUUUUAAUUUUUGUUGACUUUCAAUGAUUCUUUCCGAUGUAUAUUCUAGUUUGACCUGACCUUUUUCAUUUUGACCUGAAAAUUCUAUAUUUUACUCCCAUGAAUACUGCAGUGUUAGAGGAAAGCGUAUAAUCACCUUUGAAGGAGAACGCACAGUUCAAGAUAUUGUUCAGUUUGCUGAGCGAGCCAACAGGUAACUCAAUCAUUUUUUUCCAGUCCAUAAACCCACCGUAAAUUGUAAAUGACGGAAGAUGCUGUUAACUUGAACUCAGUUAACUCAAAUUCUUGACUAACUCAAGUUAAUUAAAUUUACCUUUCCUUUUGGCUUUAUUUUCUAUUUUUAUUUCUAUUUUACCUUGAAAACUUAUCCCCCUCGACCCACCCCCAUUUCAAGCUUUUGGUAGUUUCUCUUGGGUUGUGCAACUUUUGCUCUCACCAUAUGUUUUACGUAGUCAUACACUGCGUAUUCCAACGACCACCAUCACAUAUCGUAUAAUCAAUCACUUGAUGUUUAUUGAUACUAAAAUUUGUAGCAACUGAAGCAAUUAUAUUAUUCGAUCUGAAACAGAGCAAUACAAUUCGUCGUUACGCAACUUACUUAUAAUCUCUAGAGCAAUGAUUUCACUGAAAAAUACCUCAAUAAGAAACUCUAAUUUCACAAUCAUGCUUUACUCACUUCUGUGGCGGGUCGUAGCUUAAAAACGGGUUAGCCGUAAACUGGUUAGCUUGAAUCUCUUGUACUGGUGAGCACUACCGGUUAGCAAAAUACUUCUGAUUGAAACCCGACAAUGUGUAAAACAGUAUAAAAUCUAGUAAUCUCAAAAUGUCAAUCAAUGUCCUUAAUCUUUAAAUAACUAAAAUCAAUGUUUGUAAUCACGAGUUUAUUUCUGGUUCUGUUAACGAAACACCAUAAAUAACCUGUUCAAUGUUAAUUUUUUUAAAACUAUAGUGGAACCCCGCAAAUACAGUCACCAAUGGGCCAAAAAUAUUGGCUGUAUUAACAGGUGACCAUAUUAACGAGGGUAUUCUUACAAGAAAAUGUAUGGCCAUUUUGUGUGGUUGUAAGGCGGGAUUUUACUGUAUAUGUUACAGGUCAAUUUGAUUUCAGGUUAAAAGUUUUUAACCUGGAUUUAUUCUCUAAUGUUUCCUUUGCAUUUGUUACAGGUCAAAAUUAAAUUCAGGUUAAAAUUUUUGACCUAGGUUGAUUCUUCAUUGAUUCAUGGUUUAAGGCUAGGAGACAAAGAAAGUUGAAAAUCAACCUAGGUUAAAAAAGUUUAACUGGAAUUUAAUUUUGACCUGUUUCAUAUUCUAUGGUUCGGAGACACUGGAAAUUGACAGUCAACCUACAAUCAGUGCCAAAAUUAGUUGGAACACUUCCCUUGAAUAAUGAAAGGUCCUCUCCAACGUUUUGCUAACUCAAAAAAGGUAAAAUAAAGCUGUCCCUCCCCCAUCCCUUCCGCACAAUGGUUUGACACUGUUUGAGCUACCUGUAGAAAACAACAAAACACCUCUAUCUACUUCGAACAAAUGGUAGGGUCGAGGGCUGUGGAUUGGUUUUCUUCUCUGAUGCUACCCAAUUUGAGGACAAUGUCCCAACAAUUUUGUAGCUGAUUGUUGGUUAAAUCAAAAUUAAGUCAGAUUUUGACCUGUAACGUACAUACAAGUAAUGUAUUGUGGUCUCUUUGUAUCAGGCCUGCAGUAACAGAGCUUCAUAACACGGAGCAAGUGGAAAGAGUAAGAAAAGAGAAAAAUGUUUGCUUUUUCCUGGUAACAAGCAAUGAGAAUUCUCAAUUGUCAGAGAAAAUGAAGGUAAUAUUUGAAUUUAUUAUUGGUUGAGUUUGUUGGAAGACAAUAAUGAUCAUUAGAUUUGACUAUGAAUACAAUAUUGAGUACUGGUAUAUGUAUGACUCUGGAAUUUGGGGCAAAUGGUAUUCCUUAACUCUUUAAGUCCCAAUAUCCACAUACAAAUUCUCCAAACUGGUCUCCAUACAUUUCCUAUAAGAAUUAGUUGAGAGAGAAUUUGAUAAAAGAUCAAGGUAUUUUCUCUUUGAUGAUCAUCUUAUAAACUCUCAUAACCUUUUCUCUUGCCAAUGAAAGGACAUCUUUAGGAGAAAAUUGAUGUUAAUCACUAUUGGGACUGAAAGGGUUAAACUACAUAUAUGUAUACCUCUUUCCUGUUGUUCACUUAAUAAUGAAAGAUUGGCGUGAUAAGUAAAAUUCUAUUUGAGGCACAGGCGUUUGGCUUGAAAAUUCUUACUUGAAAUUGUUCACCAUCUCGUACUUGUAAUCCAAUCUAAAAAGUCCCCAUUAUGAUAUUGAAUGAGGUAGAAGUGUUUGAAGACCGCUUAUCAUCCAUUUCUGUCAAUCUCUAGUCACAGGCAUAAUCAUUUUAUUCACCUUUAUAACAGCUAUAGAUAUCAGGUAGAUUGACCAGAUGAAAUGACUAUAACCGGGCUAAAAAAUCGUAGCAUGCUGUAGAUUUCGGGAAAAAAAAAAAACAAAAACAAAAACAAAACGUUUUUUUGACGUUUCUUAAACUGAAUAAAUUCUUUCUUCAUGAAAGCUGCCUUUCCCAGUUGCCCAUUUAUGAGUUCCCCAUCACAGUAUAAUAUCAAACUUUUAUGAUUUUCUUGAGGUGCAUGCUCUAAUUUUUAUUACUAGAGAACUUGUAAGUAUAAAUCUAAUUAAUUUACAAUUAUGAUUUUCUCCUUCUAUUAGAAUAUUUAUUCUGAAGUUGCAGAAAGUAGAGUCAUUCAAAGUUAUUUUUAUCAUAUUGACCUUCAAGUAUUGCCUAAGGUAAGAACAAGGUUUCUCUGCAUGCUAUGGUUUAUUUUUUGAGUGAGAAAGGUGACCUUCCACUCUGUUUGCAUGUAUGUGCAUGUCAUUUUGCUUCAUUGUUUUCCAUCUCUAGUGUUCAUAUUCAAUUUGAAUAAACUUUGAACUAACACAUUUAGUAGAAAUUAUAUUGUUGAAAAAAAGAAAGAAAGGCAUUUUAUUUGAGUUUGCAUGUUUUGUUUUCACGAAAGUGCUUAUUGAGGACAAUACUUUUACGUCUCCAACUGGAGACAGGACUGACAUUUUACAUGGUCAUCCGAGCCAUGUGAAGGUCUAGCCGUUUGCAGGGCAAGGCAGUACAAUACCUUCAUUUCUCAGUCAUCAGAUCUAAGUAUUGGUCUGCCCCUUGGGGAUGAACCCAUGCCCUAUAUUUUACAGCCCUGAAUGCAUCUGACCCCAAAAAUUUGUUGGGGGAUCAAAGUAUUCCCUUGGUGAUCUUUUAUAAUGUUUCUCAAAACCUUUCCUCUUGAUUAGGUAUUAAUAUUUGUUAGGAGAAAUUUAAAGUUGGUCACUCUAGGGACUUUGAGGGUUAACUAGAAAAAAUUCCCUUCUAUAGGAUGUUCAAGUAAAAGCACCAGCCAUUUUAGUUUCAAAGGAUGAUUCCUUUUUCUCAUUCCAAGGUGAGUUUACAAUAUUGAUUGUUUACUUCAAAUGCAUGGUUUGUGUGCAGUAGUAUUACUUUAUUUCACAAGUUCCGAAAUGUCGAUUUCAUUAGUUUUUACAUGUUUUGUUAAUGUUUGUCAACGAAAUAUACAACUACUGUCUUCUACCCCAUACGAAAAUUAAUAGUCAAUUACAAUUCUCACUGAUUGGAACCUAUGGAGUUGAAUUUUUUUAUUGAUCUGGUGACGAUCUUUCUCCAAAAAAAUAGUUUUUUUUUUUUACCAGAAGUGAAGCCACAAUAAUUUAUUUUGUUUAUUAUUAAUUUCUUGGAAGUGUCUGAGGAUGUUAGUGAACAGAAUGUAUCUGAUUGGGUGAAUAAUGAGAGAUUUGAAGGAUUUGUGCAUGUAACGAAGUCCAAUUUUCACGACAUUGCUGCGACUGGUAGGUUAUUUCUUUAUUAAUUUGUUUAUUUAAUUAUUACAAUUAGCACAUUAACUAUAAAACAUUAAUGCUUUCACUGUUCAGAAUUUAAAGUAGCUGUAUCAAGCAAAAUCAGCCCUUAAGAGCCUUGAUAAUCAACACAGCAAUUACAAAAGAACACAUAGAUAGGCAAGUCGAAGAAUAAUAGAUUGCAAUGAUAUGUACCAGCCUCCCAUACCAGUUUUUCAAAGUUUAUCUCUUUUGUUUGAAUCGAGACAUUUGUGAGACACUGAUGAAUUGUUGGACAAAAAAGUGUAAUUUUGUCAUAAUUCAAAAGGUAUAAAGAUUUUGCAGAUAAUGGUUUUUAUGAUAAAUGACAAUAAUGUUGGCUAUUCAUUAUAAAAUCAGUUUCAUUUGAUUCUCACUUCCAACGUAUUGGGACCUAAUUUUGUUGUCAACUGUUGCUGUUGUUGUUGUGUUUUGAAUUUAACACCAGUGGCUGGUCCAGGGGAGGGGCCCUGGGGGCCUGGGCCUCCCUUUUUUUCAGAGCAAUAUGAGGCCCGAAGGGCCGGAAAACUUUUUUUUGAGACCACCCCCACCCCACCCCACUCCAACUUUUUGGAUUGACCACAUGAUCAACGUUUAACUUCUCCUUGCUGGUAAUGACAGUGCUCAAUUUUAAAACAUUACCAAUGGACUCAGUUGAGAUAAAACGAAAUCAUCAACAAGUGAAAAAGGUCUUGAUUGUCAAACAAAUUCUUACCCUUAAGUACCAUGGCUAUAAUGUGCAGUGCCUAGAGUAUGCCUGUGAACAUUUAGGAUUAAAAGGGUUAACGAUUUUUUUUUGUGGUGACAGGUAAGGUAAUGAUGCUUGCCAUCCUUGCUGAAAAGAAGAAAAAGAACAAGCUCAAUGAAAGGUGUGUUCAGUGUUCAGCACAAAAAUAUCAAAGGAGCAAUUUAUCCCUACGUAUGGUAAUCGGGAUUCCCGGCCUGGGAAAGUUUUUGCUUGUAGAAUCUGGAAUCAGGGAAAUUUUUUUGGAAGAAUCCGAAAUGCUGGGCUUUGGAAUCCGGAAUUUAGCUUAAUUGAUUGGAAUCUGAAAAUAUUAUCAGGGGCACCCAACGGCAAUUUUCGGGAAAAUAUCUGUUCGAAAGACGAUUUGAGAACUAGAAUUUUCGGAACAUUUGUUGUAAAAUUUCUUGCUUGCCUGCCUCUCCUAGGAUUUUCGAACAUCUACAAAAUGGUAUAAUUACCCAUUUUAAACGGAUAUUUACCCUAAAAAAGGCUACCUAGAAUUUUCGGGAGCCUUUUCCUGGCUGAAAUUUUCGAAAAGGUAAGUUUUGAUCCCUAUAAUUUUCGGAUCACUAGACUUUCAGCUAGGAUAUCCGAACAGAUGAAAAGUUUUUAGGGGAUAAAAAUAUGCCUAUAUCUACCGUUUAAAUACUAAAAUACGUUCAACAAUGCUAUGUUAAGUGGUUUUGAACUAUAUCCUCGUUGGGUGCCCCUGUAUUAUCCAAGUUCCAAAGACAAGAAGUUAAUCCAGUACCUGGAAUCCAGAAUGAACAACAUGAAAUACAGAAUCCAAGACUAUCUUGGAUUACCUUACAGUAAUUACCAUGUAUCUUUUUGCUUUGAAUUUGAUUUUCUGUCUGGGAAAAAAGAAAAAAAAAAUCUGAACAGGCUAAGUAGACUUUUCAAAAAAAUCUAUCACAUAUUGUUUUGUCCUCAGUAUAUGGGCAUUAUUUUCAAUAGAUCGUUUUCACCCACGGCAUGGCCAGCUUCAAUGUCAAUUUACUGGAACAAAAGAAAGCGUUUACAUAUUAAAGAAAACAGUUAAACUCGCACAGCAUAUUCUUGGUACACGAACAUGGCCGUCGUUUCAUUGUUUUGGAACGCCAAUAUGGCCACCGUGACGUCAUGUGAAAACGCUCUAUAUUUUGCAAGACUGUUGUAAACAACUAUCGCAUCAUUUUCAGUGCACUUUGAUAUACUGCGACUUGAAUGUUAACUUGCCUUUCAACUAAUUUUUCAGAGUGAGCGAAGUUGUUAAGAAUGUUGCAAUUAAAGAAAGGGAAAAAUUCCACAGGUAAGCACAUUUAAAAGUACUAUGUUCAAUAGACCUGUUGCAUCAAUAGGACUUUGCUCAGUGCACAACAUCAGUUAUAACUAAGAUUUACUCAUAAUCGUAGCUGGAACUAACAUUGUGAUAACGUUUGCAGCAAUGCUUACAGAAAGCUUGGUCUGUGGUUGUUGUGAAAAUGAGGACCUCUGAAAAUGAAGACCUUAGACCACCUGAAAAUGCAGAUGUACAGUGAUGAAGAUCCCGUCCUCCCUCCCCUUUCCCCCUUUUUCCCUCUUGAAAUAAGAUUAGAAUGUUGCGACAACUGGUGUCAAAUUACUACUCGGUAAUCCUUUAUAAUAACCUGUUGAAUUUUUGUUUCAGAUUCUUUCAGUUUGGUUGGAUGUUGGGAGAUAGUAUAGCAUCCAACAUUAUGAUGAGGUAACAAAAGCAAAUGAUUGAAUCACUUGUAAUUAUCAUCGCAGGCCUGCAUAAAAUGGGUGGCAAUAAACAUAAUGAAACCUGUAUUUAAUAUGUAAUAUUCCCAAAUCCACAAACAAAUUUUCAACCGUGAUCUUAAUACAUUUCCUUUAAGAAUUAUUUGAGAGAAUUUGAGAGAAGAUGAAAGGAUUUACUUUAGGAUAGCCUGCAGUGCGGGCGUUUUCUUUGAGCGCGCAAUUUGCUCGUGAAAGCGCCGUGUUGAAACUUCCCGAAGAGAGGAGGAGAUGUAUUUCCUCCUCCCCUCCCCCUCCCCCCUUUCCUUCUUUCGCCCUCGCACCUACCGUAAGGGUUACUAUUUCUACUCUCCCCAAUCAGUUCCACCGUCGUAAAAUCAAAGAUGGCUACAACAAUAUUGCGAACACGGACAAGGUUUCGCCCACCAAAAAUACGCCUGGACUGCAGGCUAUUUACUUUAGGAUGAUCAUUUUAUUAAUUCUCAUAACCUGGAUCUCUGAAUUUAAGCCCCUGCAAACGGAAGCAACAUUUAUUGUUGGAUGUUACUAUUUGCAGCCGUUCGCACACCCUAUUGCAUGUUGUUUCGCAUUGUUGGCAUUUGCUGCGCAGAGUAUGAAGCGGUCAAACUUUUGAGUCAACAACUCCCAACAUUUCUUUUGUUCAGUGAUCGUCGAAGCAUCGCUCAACAAUGUUGGAUCCGUUUGCAGAGCUCUUCCAACAUUGUUAGGGUCGCAUAGGCGCAUUACACAUGGUUUACAAAGACUUAUGGGCUAUAUCCUUCCCACGAUGCACUGCAGGUCCCAGCAUUGUUGGGAGUUGUUGUAUCCGUUUCCACACCACUGCCAACGCGGAUGCAGCAACUCCUAACAUUGUUGGCCCAACAAUGUUGGGAGUUGUUGCGUUCGUUUGCACGUAGCAUAAGGAGAGCAUUGAUGUUGGUCACUUUUGGGACUCAAAAAAAGCUGUUGAGAGAAAGUAAAGUUAUAACUGACUGGUAUUUAACAUAUUAAUCCUCAGGACGAAGAGUGGCAAUACUAUUUUUUUUUUCUUUUUGAAAUCGUUAAAAUGAACCCCCUACGAAGUAGUAUUAAAACAAUACGAAAGCCAGUGUUUAUUAACUUAACUCCUCUCAAAUCAAUUUUUUCUCAGUUCACUACCUGCACCUUAUCUUAUGGCAUACAACACUACAGAUCAAGUUUAUUAUUUAAAGCAGUAUUCAGAAAUCAAAGAUGAAUUCACGGAAGAACAACUUGUGUCCUUCCUUGAGGAUGUAUUGGAGGGGCGUGCAAAGGUAUGAUGUAUAUUAGAAGGGGUUGACGACCAUGACAGCGAUGACCGUGAAGCCCGGGGGUUACUCCCUAAAAUAGCCCGUAAAGGAAGGUCCCGCCCGAAAGGGCUACCUUUUUCAGGCUUCAGGUAUUUUAUUUAUUUAUUUUUAUUUGUUUACAUUUGCCACAUAAAAUGAAUACUACAGAAAGAAAAUGAAAAAAAAUAUAUAUAAAUAUAUAUAUAUAUAUAUAUAUAUAUGUUGCAUAAAAAAACGGUCCUUGUAAAAAAGCGUCAUUUUUAUGUAAAAAAGCUGCUUUUUUACAAAUUGAGCGGUUGUAAAAAUACUGCUUUUUUACAAAAAUAUAUUUUUGUAAAAAAGCAGCUUUUUUACGUAAAAAAGCUGCUUUUUUACAAGUUACAUGGUUGUAAAAAUACUGCUUUUUUACGUAAAAAAGCUGCUUUUUUACAAGUUACCUGGUUGUAAAAAUACUGCUUUUUUACAAAAAUAUAUUUUUGUAAAAAAGCAGCUUUUUUACGUAAAAAAGCUGCUUUUUUACAAGUUACUUGGUCGUAAAAUAUUUUUGUAAAAGAGCAGCUUUUUUAUGUAAAAAAGCUGCUUUUUUACAAAGUAUAUUUUUGUAAAAAAGCUGCUUUUUUAUGUAAAAAAUCUGUUUUGUUACAAAAGGUAUUUUUGUAAGAAAGCUGCCUUUUUUAUGUAAAAAUCCUGCUAUUUUACACGUAUAGACUAUUUGACAAACUCAUUUAUCGAAGACAGGCUGUUUUCCAUAGCAUGGUUCGAAAUUUAUUGAACUGUAGUUUUCGUGCGGCUAGUCACGUUCACGUUCCCGUGUCCCCUUUAUUGUGGGGCAUUUAAAUUCCCUUGUUAACUCGCUGACAGCGUUACAAAUUUACGUUCUUUUUAUUCUUUUUAUUCUUUCUUCUUGUUUCCUUUGUCAUUCAAUUUUCCAGGACCUUCUAAUUGUUGGAUGCGAAGAAGGAACAGGCAGUAAUUUCAUUUGUUAUGCUUAUCGGCUGAGGUCACCCACGGCAGUAACUGCAUGUUAGGCAAUAAUAGAAUAGCUGGGUUAUUCACUGUCUUAUUUAUAAGCAAUGCCUGUCACAAUCUCUUGCAGCAACCAAAAACUUCUAUUCUCUCCUUCAUUGCUACUUUUGUUCAAGCCGAAAACUGUACAGAAUAUUGUUCUGUAUUAUUUAUCUAUUUUCCCAAGGUUAUCAGCUGCAAUGAUCGGUUUAACUGUCAACAAAAUACUUGGCUAUAAUGCUUUGGUGCUCUUAGCAGUGGAUAAAUAAAUUUUAACUCCAUUUCUAGCAUAAAAUCUCCAGCAAGAAUCAACGACAGCAAUUGUUAGGCAAUUUCCUGUAUUAUGUAUGAUGCGCUAAACUUCUGUCACGGGAUUCAUGCUAUGUUGAGAUCCAUGUUGAUGCAUGCAAGAUUGUCAUGUCUGCGUUACAACUUUAAGCUUUCAACAUGAUGUAGGAACAUGUUCAGUCGGCUAAUCAAGCAAAAGGAAACGCUAGUCUAUAGCUACAAGCGUACAUACACUCGCUUGUUAGUCUAAUUUUUGCAAUACACAGAGCAAC